CUCUUUCUUUCAUCGUUUUAAAUAAUUAUAACUCUUCUUCUUUCAUAUUUAUACAACCCACCCAACUCAAUAGCUCUUUUAACUCUCUCCUCUUCCUUCAUGGCUCAAUUACCACUUCCCUCUUCUUGAACUCUCUCACGCCUUUGCUUAACACAUCUUCGCAUCUUUCAGAGUUUCCUCCGUUUUUUAUUUCUCACUCUUUACGUCCACAGUGAAAGAUCUUACGCCUUGAGCUUUUCAAAAAGAAAGAAAAGAAUUCUUGAUUUUUGAACGAACAAUAUUCAAACUAUACCAAAGCUUGAUUUGAUUUGACUGUGUUCGUAAACUAUAAUGAAUCUGGACUCCUUCUAGCUAUCCUCGUGUGGGGCAAUACACAGUCAUCUGAUCUGCUUGACGUGAAGCAAUGAUGGCGGUGAGUUCGAGCUGCAAGGACGUGAGUAGUAAUAACAAGAUGCAAAUGGACAACGGGAAGUAUGUUCGAUACACGCCGGAACAAGUCGAAGCUCUUGAAAGACUUUAUCAUGAUUGUCCUAAACCAAGUUCUAUGCGCCGCCAGCAGCUCAUCAGAGAAUGUCCUAUUCUCUCCAACAUCGAACCCAAGCAGAUCAAAGUUUGGUUUCAAAACAGAAGGUGUAGAGAGAAACAAAGGAAAGAAGCGUCACGCCUUCAAGCUGUGAAUAGGAAGUUGACAGCAAUGAAUAAGCUGUUAAUGGAGGAGAAUGAUCGGUUGCAGAAGCAGGUGUCCCAGCUGGUGUAUGAGAACACGUUCUUCCGCCAACAGACGCAAAAUGCGACACUUGCCACCACAGACACUAGUUGUGAAUCGGUGGUGACGAGUGGUCAGCACCAUUUGACUCCUCAGCAUCCACCAAGGGAUGCCAGUCCUGCAGGACUUUUGUCCAUUGCAGACGAGACUUUAACAGAGUUUCUUUCAAAGGCCACUGGAACUGCUGUGGAGUGGGUCCAAAUGCCUGGGAUGAAGCCUGGUCCGGAUUCCAUUGGAAUCGUUGCUAUUUCUCAUGGUUGCACUGGAGUGGCAGCACGUGCAUGUGGCCUUGUUGGCCUAGAUCCUACAAGGGUCGCUGAAAUCCUUAAAGAUAGGCCAUCAUGGUAUCGUGAUUGCCGAUCUGUGGAUGUUGUAAACGUGCUGCCCACUGGAAGCAGUGGAACCAUUGAAUUGCUAUACAUGCAGCUCUAUGCGCCAACCACUUUGGCACCAGCCCGUGACUUCUGGUUGCUGCGCUACACAUCCGUUUUGGAGGAUGGUAGUCUUGUGGUCUGUGAAAGAUCACUCAACAAUACUCAGAAUGGUCCGAGUAUGCCACAGGCGUCACAUUUUGUGAGAGCAGAAAUGCUGCCUAGUGGUUAUCUGAUAAGACCUUGUGAAGGGGGUGGAUCAAUCAUUCAUAUAGUUGAUCAUAUGGAUUUAGAGCCGUGGAGUGUCCCUGAAGUGUUGCGCCCGCUUUAUGAGUCAUCAACCCUGCUUGCUCAGAAGACAACAAUGGCGGCUUUACGCCAUUUAAGGCAGAUCUCCCAAGAAGUUUCACAGCCUAAUGUUACUGGUUGGGGAAGAAGACCUGCAGCUCUACGUGCACUUAGUCAAAGAUUAAGCAAGGGCUUUAAUGAAGCUCUUAAUGGGUUUACUGAUGAGGGGUGGUCUAUGUUGGAAAGUGACGGCAUUGAUGAUGUUACAGUCCACGUGAACUCAUCUCCUAGCAAGAUGAUGGGUGUGCCUCUUUCUUAUGCCAACGGAUUCCCCUCUAUGAGCAAUGCAGUGCUGUGUGCCAAGGCAUCCAUGUUAUUACAGGAUGUACCUCCAGCUAUUCUGCUCAGAUUCUUGCGAGAACACAGAUCAGAGUGGGCAGACAGCAGUAUUGAUGCUUAUUCGGCUGCUGCUGUUAAAGCUGGUCCCUGUAGCUUACCAGUGCCCCGAGCUGGAAACUUUGGGGGUCAAGUUAUUCUUCCACUGGCUCACACAAUUGAGCAUGAAGAGUUUUUAGAGGUCAUUAAGCUUGAGAAUAUGGGCCCCUAUCGGAACGACAUGAUAAUGCCUAGUGACAUCUUCCUCUUGCAACUUUGUAGCGGAGUGGAUGAGAAUGCAAUUGGCACCAGCGCCGAACUGGUCUUUGCUCCAAUUGAUGCUUCAUUUUCUGAUGAUGCACCAAUAAUUCCUUCUGGUUUCCGCAUUAUUCCACUUGAUUCGGGAAAAGAUGCCUCCAGUCCAAACCGUACUCUUGACCUUGCCUCUGCUCUUGAAGUUGGAACCACUGGAAAUAAAGCAUCUGGUGAUUACUCUGCUCCCAGUGGGAGCACAAAAUCUGUGAUUACGAUAGCAUUCCAAUUUGCAUUCGAGAUCCACCUUCAAGAAAACAUAGCAACCAUGGCUAGGCAGUAUGUACGUAGUAUUAUAUCCUCUGUUCAGAGGGUGGCACUGGCACUCUCCCCUACUCGAUUUGGUUCUCAAGCUGGACUUCGGCCACCUCCUGGUACUCCUGAAGCCCACACUCUUGCUCGUUGGAUAAGCCAAAGCUAUCGAUGUUAUCUUGGUGUGGAACUUCUUAAAAAUGAAGGAAGUGAAUCCACUCUUAAAUCACUUUGGCAUCAUUCCGAUGCACUUAUGUGCUGCUCUCUGAAGGCUCUGCCAGUUUUCACAUUUGCAAAUCAAGCAGGGCUUGACAUGCUUGAGACAACCUUGGUUGCACUUCAAGACAUAACUCUCGAGAAGAUCUUCGACGACAAUGGAAGGAAGACUUUGUGCUCAGAGUUCCCACAAAUAAUGCAGCAGGGUUUUAUGUGCCUUCAAGGUGGUAUUUGCUUGUCAAGCAUGGGGAGGCCAGUGUCGUACGAGAGAGCAGUAGCUUGGAAGGUGUUAAAUGAGGAAGAAAAUGCUCAUUGCAUCUGUUUCAUGUUCAUCAACUGGUCAUUUGUGUGA